CUGUGGCAGCAGCGCCCGCUGCCUCCCCACCUGCCUGCCGGGGUGGUACAGUCUGCAGAGGGGCUCCUGUAAUGUAGCUCCGCUCAGCCAGCCCUGACAGAUGCCGAACCGUGAUUACUCCGCUGUGUAAUUGCAAUCAUUUUGGAUUUGUGAUGAUAUCUUAGCCAAGUCCAGAGGAAGAAAUGACCAUGUAGAUUCUACAGCUUGGGUGCAGCAUAAUGGGAAAUGGUGAAUGGAGUGGAGCUGGUCUGCAGCCUUGAAAGCAGCUGUUCUGUGGACCACUAGUCAGUCAGGGACACCUUGCAUGCCAGAGGCAUCCAACACGUCGCUCACCGGACACACACUGGAUUCUUUUUAAUUUCUUAGAUUGGAAUUCCAGAUUCCUUUCCUUCAAUUUUUAAACAAUUUUAAGAUUGUAUCAACUAUAACGAGUGGAGCAAUAUAAUCAGCAAAAAUGGGUGACAUGACAAAUAGUGAUUUUUAUUCCAAGAACCAAAGAAAUGAGGCCAACCAUGCAGGAGAGUUUGGGUGCACACUGCAAGAACUGCGCUCCCUCAUGGAACUCCGAGGAACAGAAGCAGUAGUAAAAAUUAAAGAGACCUAUGGGGAAACAGAGGGGCUCUGCAGACAUCUGAAGACAUCACCAACAGAAGGGUUAGCUGGCACUGCUGCAGACCUAGAAAAAAGAAAGCUUAUUUUUGGAAAAAAUUUUAUACCUCCAAAGAAGCCAAAAACAUUCAUACAGCUAGUCUGGGAAGCAUUGCAGGAUGUGACUCUUAUCAUCUUGGAAAUUGCAGCCAUCAUAUCUUUGGGGCUUUCGUUUUAUCAGCCGCCUGGAGAAGGGAAUGAAGGGUGUGGUACUGCAACAGGAGGAGCUGAAGAUGAAGGUGAGGCUGAAGCUGGCUGGAUUGAAGGUGCUGCCAUCCUACUUUCUGUUAUCUGUGUUGUACUUGUCACUGCCUUCAAUGACUGGAGCAAGGAGAAGCAGUUUCGUGGGCUUCAAAGUCGUAUUGAGCAGGAGCAGAAGUUUACUGUUGUCCGAGGUGGACAGGUUAUUCAAAUCCCAGUGGCAGAGAUAGUAGUUGGUGACAUUGCACAGGUGAAAUAUGGUGAUCUUCUACCUGCCGAUGGGAUCUUUAUUCAAGGAAAUGAUCUUAAAAUUGAUGAAAGCUCUUUGACUGGAGAGUCAGACCAAGUCCGCAAGUCUGUUGACAAAGACCCAAUGCUCCUGUCAGGUACUCACGUCAUGGAAGGCUCUGGAAGAAUGCUUGUAACCGCUGUGGGUGUGAAUUCUCAGACGGGCAUCAUCUUUACUCUGCUAGGUGCUGGAGGAGAAGAAGAAGAAAAGAAAGAUAAGAAAGAUUCUUCCCAUCCCUCCUCCCACCCUCCUUCAGCUACAGAUGGUGCAACAGGUGCAAAUGCCACUGAUAGUGCAAAUGCCAGCUUAGUCAAUGGCAAAAUGCAGGAUGGGAAUAUGGAGAACAGCCAGAACAAAGCCAAGCAGCAGGAUGGGGCUGCUGCCAUGGAGAUGCAGCCGCUGAAGAGUGCAGAAGGGGGAGAGGGAGAUGACAAAGACAAGAAGAAAUCCAACAUGCACAAGAAAGAAAAAUCUGUUCUUCAGGGGAAGCUGACCAAGCUGGCAGUCCAGAUAGGCAAAGCAGGUUUGGUGAUGUCUGCCAUCACUGUAAUCAUUUUGGUACUAUAUUUUGCCAUUGACACAUUUGUGGUCAACAAGAAACCGUGGUUGCCUGAGUGCACUCCUGUCUAUGUUCAGUAUUUUGUUAAAUUCUUCAUUAUUGGUGUUACUGUACUUGUGGUUGCUGUUCCUGAGGGACUUCCACUUGCUGUCACUAUUUCUCUGGCUUAUUCUGUAAAGAAAAUGAUGAAGGAUAACAAUCUGGUCCGCCACUUAGAUGCUUGUGAAACUAUGGGUAAUGCUACAGCCAUCUGCUCCGACAAAACAGGGACACUAACAACCAACCGGAUGACGGUCGUCCAAGCCUAUGUUGGUGACGUCCACUACAAAGAGAUCCCUGACCCAGAUUCCGUACCCGCCAAAACCCUGGAACUGCUGGUUAAUGCAAUUGCUAUCAACAGUGCUUAUACUACAAAAAUUCUGCCACCAGAAAAAGAGGGUGGUCUGCCUCGCCAGGUGGGCAAUAAGACGGAGUGUGGCCUCUUGGGAUUUGUCCUGGAUUUGAAGCAGGAUUAUGAGCCUGUGCGGAACCUCAUCCCCGAGGAGAAGCUCUAUAAAGUUUACACCUUCAACUCUGUGAGAAAGUCAAUGAGUACGGUCAUUAAAAUGCCAGAUGGUAGCUUCCGGAUGUACAGCAAAGGAGCUUCGGAAAUUGUUCUGAAGAAGUGUUCUAGGAUCCUUAAUUCAGCUGGUGAACCUCGUAUCUUCAGACCACGGGACCGAGAUGAAAUGGUGAAGAAAGUGAUUGAACCUAUGGCUUGUGAUGGACUGAGAACCAUCUGUGUUGCUUUCCGAGACUUUAACAGCAGCCCAGAGCCUGACUGGGACAAUGAGAAUGACAUUUUAUCUGACCUGACUUGCAUUUGUGUUGUUGGCAUUGAAGACCCAGUAAGGCCAGAGGUCCCAGAAGCCAUAAGAAAGUGCCAGCGAGCUGGAAUUACAGUCCGCAUGGUCACUGGAGACAACAUCAACACAGCACGUGCCAUCGCCAUAAAAUGUGGAAUCAUUCAUCCGGGAGAAGACUUUCUCUGCCUUGAGGGGAAAGAGUUUAACAGGAGGAUCCGGAACGAGAAGGGAGAGAUUGAGCAAGAGCGGAUUGACAAAAUCUGGCCAAAGCUUCGAGUGCUUGCUCGCUCGUCUCCCACGGACAAACACACUCUGGUGAAAGGUAUUAUUGACAGCACACAGGUGGAACAGAGACAGGUUGUAGCUGUGACUGGUGAUGGAACCAAUGAUGGACCAGCACUUAAAAAAGCUGACGUUGGCUUUGCAAUGGGAAUUGCUGGAACAGAUGUUGCAAAGGAAGCCUCAGAUAUCAUCCUAACAGACGACAAUUUCAGUAGCAUUGUGAAGGCUGUGAUGUGGGGACGCAAUGUCUAUGACAGUAUCUCCAAGUUCCUGCAGUUCCAGCUCACCGUUAACAUUGUGGCUGUGAUCGUGGCUUUCACCGGAGCUUGCAUUACCCAGGACUCUCCUCUAAAAGCCGUACAGAUGUUGUGGGUCAAUCUAAUCAUGGACACCUUUGCCUCACUUGCUCUGGCCACUGAACCUCCAACAGAGGCUCUCUUGCUCAGAAAGCCAUAUGGCAGGAACAAACCACUUAUAUCUCGCACCAUGAUGAAGAACAUUCUGGGCCAUGCUGUUUAUCAGCUUACUCUCAUAUUUACACUUCUUUUUGUUGGUGAGAAAAUGUUUAAGAUUGACAGCGGGAGGAACGCACCGCUUCACUCUCCUCCUUCAGAGCAUUACACCAUCAUCUUCAACACCUUUGUGAUGAUGCAGCUUUUCAAUGAGAUCAAUGCACGGAAAAUCCAUGGCGAAAGAAAUGUGUUCGAUGGCAUCUUCAGAAACCCCAUAUUUUGCACUAUUGUACUGGGUACAUUUGCUAUUCAGAUAGUAAUUGUUCAGUUUGGAGGAAAACCAUUUAGCUGUUCUCCCCUGCAGCUUGACCAGUGGAUGUGGUGUGUAUUUAUUGGAUUAGGAGAGCUUGUAUGGGGUCAGGUCAUUGCAACCAUCCCAACAAGUAGGCUAAAGUUUUUAAAGGAGGCAGGGAGGCUCACUGAGAAGGAGGAAGUUCCUGAAGAGGAACUCAAUGAAGAUGUUGAGGAAAUCGAUCAUGCAGAGAGAGAACUUCGACGUGGACAAAUUCUCUGGUUCAGAGGGCUCAACAGAAUUCAAACCCAGAUCGAAGUAGUCAAUACUUUCAAGAGUGGCACUUCCUUUCAGGGGGCUCUAAGGAGACAGUCCUCCGUCACAAGCCAGACCCAGGAUGUAACCAAUAUUUCUAGCCCUAGUCACGUAUCGUUAUCCAAUGCUCUUUCCUCUCCUACCAGCACAUCUGCUGCUGCGGCUGGGCAUCCGCGUCGUGAAGGCAUUCCGUAGCUCUCUCUAUGAAGGUUUAGAAAAACCAGAAUCUAGAACCUCUAUUCACAACUUUAUGACUCAUCCUGAAUUUAGGAUAGAAGAUUCCCAGCCCCACAUCCCACUGAUUGAUGACA